GGAACCGAACCAUCUAACAAUGACAAGAGUUCGAAUCUGCUACAAGAUACUCUAACACAGCAGCCUGGCAGCCAUGGUGGAGAGGCGGCAGCGGAGGAAGCCGCUGGUGCUCGCCUCCACGCAGGCGCUGCUCGACUCGCUCCCGGGGGACCGCCCGCCGCCGCCGCCGCAGGAGCCGGUGCGCCUCCGGGCCGGCGUCCUCCGCUUCCCCUCCGGAGGAGGCGGCGCCGAGUUCGGGGAGCUCGCCUCGUUCGUCGCCCUCCCCGCGCCCGCGCUCCGACGGCUCGCGGUCGUCACCGGCACGCCGGUACUUGUCAAGAAUGCUGACAAUAAUGUUGGGAGGAUUGUUAAAGCGUUAUUAUUUGACCACCCAUCCCUUGAUGAGUCCGGGACAGAGCAGACUGAUCACGUGGCCUGUGCCUCUCCUCAUGGUCAUGCAGGUCAUGCAAUGGGCAUCUUACCUUGUCGCUCGUUUCCUGCUACUGGUUUUGCAUCUGUGAAUGAAGAUGCUGCUUAUGUCAGCCCACUUUUGGCAUUCAACUUGGGAUUGCAUAUUUCUUGCCUCAAUCUUCUAAUUCAAAGAGGAGGGGAGCCUUUCAAGUUUUGUUCUCAAGUUGAAGAGCCUCAUGCUGCUUCCAGUGCUAGGAGUGAUAUUUCCCUUCUCUUAGAUCUUCUUCCAUGCCCUCAAGUUCCUAAAUAUGCUUUGCAUGUACGGGUUUCAGUUGUGAGGAUUCCUGAAUGUGGUGUGCUUGCUUCUUUAAAUAUAAAUUCGUCUGUUGGAGGAAGUGACUACCAAGACAUGGUAGAUCAAGCUUUGAACGAGUAUUUUAAGUUUGAUAGGUUCCUAGCAAGAGGGGAUGUCUUUUGCAUACAGAACAAUUGGAAUUGUGGUGCGAGCUCCUGUCUAGCAUGCAAUAAGCAGGUUGAUAAUCUGCAUCCUCAUAAUGUGAUCUACUUUAAGGUGACCAGCAUGGAACCAUCAGAUGAACCUAUUCUUCGUGUUAAUUGCAAUCAGACAGCCCUUGUUCUUGGGGGAGCUGCUUCUGCUGCAAUCCCCCCUUACUCCUUCUUUUCUGCUUCUGGUGAUUCAGUUCCUUUGCAUGGCGAAAUAGUGGAGCAUUUUGCCUCUAUAAUUGCCCCAGCAUUAUGCCCUUCAGAUAUUUUACCAAAAAUCAAGUUCUCCACUUUUAUAUAUGGCCCUUCAGGAUGUGGAAAGCGCACAGUGGUCAGGCAUGUUGCUAACCAUCUUGGUCUGCAUGUGGUUGAGUGUAGCUGUCAUGAUCUAAUGACAUCUUCAGAAAGUGGGGCACCUGUUGCACUUGCAACUGCCUUCAAAGAAGCUCGGAAGUAUUCCCCUUGUAUAAUACUUCUUCGCCACUUUGAUGCAAUUGGGAAUUCAUCCUCCAAUGAAGGCCCACAAUCUGAGCAAUCUGGGAUUGCGUCGAACAUUGAAUCUGUUAUUAAGCAGUACACUGGACAAUGUUGGGUUGCUAAGGACUCAAUGCCAGGAAGAUAUGUAAAUGGGAGCUCAUACCUCGUGGAGCCUGAAUGUGUAAGCUCUCUUCAGAUUAUACUAGUUGCAACUGCAGACAGUUCGGAAGGAAUGCAACAGUCAAUUAGGCGAUGUUUCCGCCAUGAGAUUGACAUGAAGACUAUGAAUGAAGAGCAUAGAAACAAACUGAUAUCUGAGACACUUCAAGGCAUUGCAACAGUUGGUGAUGAGAGUAUUGAUGACAAGUUUGUAAAAGAUUUAGCAGCACAAACGUCAGGAUUCAUGCCCAGGGACAUACUUGCGCUGAUUGCUGAUGCUGGUGUGUCCUUUGCACAUAAAAUUGCAGCAGAGAAAGAUAGCAAAGAAUUCAGCAAUCAUGAGGAUAUCCUUCCAGAAAGCUCUUCUGCCACUCAAAAUGAGGAAAAACAUUUCUGCAAAGAACAUAUUAUGUCUUCCUUGGAACGAGCCAAGAAAAGGAAUCGUGCUGCACUGGGCACACCCAAAGUUCCCAACGUCAAAUGGGAGGAUGUUGGUGGGCUAGAGGAAGUGAAAAAGGUUAUUCUAGAUACUAUUCAGUUGCCUCUGAUGUACAAGCACCUCUUUUCUUCUAAAUUGCGCAAGCGAUCAGGUGUCCUGCUAUAUGGACCUCCAGGAACAGGGAAGACCUUAUUGGCGAAAGCAGUAGCAACUGAAUGCUCAUUGAACUUUAUUAGCGUGAAAGGUCCUGAACUGAUAAACAUGUAUGUUGGAGAAUCAGAGAAGAAUGUACGGGACAUUUUCGAGAAGGCUAGAUCUGCACGCCCAUGUGUCAUUUUCUUUGAUGAGCUUGAUUCCCUUGCUCCAGCUCGAGGAUCCUCGGCAGAUUCUGGUGGUGUUAUGGACAGAGUUGUUUCCCAGUUACUUGUGGAGAUAGAUGGGUUGAGCGAUAACAGCCAGGACCUUUUCAUCAUUGGGGCUACAAAUAGGCCUGACCUUCUUGAUUCUGCUCUUCUUCGCCCUGGCCGGUUUGAUAAGCUUCUUUAUGUUGGUGUGAAUACUGAUGCAUCAUACAGGGAAAGGAUCCUUAAAGCACAGACGCGCAAGUAUAAACUCCACAAGAAUGUUUCUCUUUUGUCAGUUGCUCAGCGUUGUCCUCCAAACUUUACUGGUGCCGAUAUUUAUGCACUGUGUGCGGAUGCAUGGUUUCAUGCAGCAAAGCGAUCGGUUAAAACAUUUGAAACUGAUACUUCAAGAAGUAAUGAUGCCAGCGCUGAAGAGGUCAUUGUUGAGAUUGAUGAUUUUAUGACGGUGUUGGGAGAUAUCUCACCAUCACUAUCGCUGGAGGAGCUUCAGAACUACGAGCUGUUGAGGCAGAAGAUUGAAGGGCCUUCUAGAUGAUGACUAACAGUAAUAUUUUAUUUCCCAUUGAUGAAUUUGUCCCACUAGAGACUCCCCCAAGAUUGGUGCCAUGACAAUAAGUGCCACCGCUGAUGAAUUUGGACAUUUUUCCGGUUCCACCACCAAGUGCCGGAUGGCAGAUUUUUUCCAGUUACAUCUUGGUAGCGGCAUCUGCUCAUUCGGUUAAUUAGUAUAUACAUCAGACCAAGUUCUUUUUUUUUUGAAGAGAGGCUGCCUUUAUUCUUAUAUUAUCUGGGCUUCAUCGAGAUGAUGACAAAUGAUGUAAAUCAACUUUGUACAAUUACAUUUGCCACUGUACUUUGUACUUGAGAUAAAACGACAAUGUAUAGCAUGAUCGAUCAUCAAAGCUAUCCCUGGAACAUACGCUCA